AUGAAGAUAAAAUUUACCCAGAAUGAGUUUUCUUCCCACAUGGCUUUUGCCGUCGGUAGAAUAUACGAAACUGAUCAAAACUCGCUCGUAGACACGCAAGACCUCGUCGAACUACGAAUCAAUGGCGAUUACACGAGCGAAGAUGCAAGUGGCAUUCAAAAGUGGCUGUCCGGAAUCGGCCGCGAAUUCAGCCAGUACACUUUUCAUCUCAUUCAAGCUGGCGUCGAUCGCGAUUUCUUGCCCCAUCUAACAGACGAGCACUUGAAAGUCGACUGCCAAAUCACCAAUGGAGUCCACAGAACAAAAAUUCUAGAGGCAGUUCGCCGCGACGAGGGAGCAAAUGGACAUGACGAUGUGCAGGAUCCAAAGGAUGUCUUCGUCUGCUCCUGGAAAGAGGGUCAACUUCUGAGCGAGUCCCUCUGCGCCUACCUCCGUCUGCGAUCUUUCUCCGUCGCUACCAACUGGGGCUUGAUCCCGAAGUCCGACGAAGUCACCCUCCGCCACGAAUCGAACAUCGCUCACGCAGGUCACUUCCUUCUCGUCCUGACACCAGGUUGCCUUGAAAAUCUCAUUCAAAACGCCUGCGAAGAUGAAAACACUCUCGCUCUCGAUCCGUUUUAUCGCUGGAUCGUGACUGCUUUCGCUAAAGGUUGCAACAUCAUUCCAAUGGUGGCUCCUGGCUGGAAAUGGCCAGUGCCAGACAGUGUUCCCGAAGCGAUAAGAGAUCUGUGCUUCAUGAAUGGAGUCCGUUGGAGAUGGGGAUAUCAAGAAGAAAUCAUCAACAGGCUCCAGCGAUUCAUGACCGAUCAUGGCUCUCUUCAAAGCUUGACAUCAGUCAAUCGAGCUCAAUCAAAGAUGUCGAUGGCUAGCACAACUCAUGGCGAGUACGUCCUCCCUACUCCAGCUGAAAACCUCUCCCGACAACCAUCUCAAAGAAGCAUCACCUCUGUCACUUCUCGUCCCUCCCUCCGCUCUUUCGGCGGCUCGCCCCAGGCUGAUACAGGAAGUCAAAGAUCAAGGCACUCAUCCAGAGCUUCAGUUGCUUCUCAACAAAUCUCCAAAAAGUCCGUCAAUGUUCCCGUCGAGUACGAAUCCACCGAGCCCAGCCCAGAGCCUAUUUCCGACCCCGAGAUCGAGAUCGACGAUCAUCUUCAGCCAGUUGCAUCGUCAAAAGACGCCACUGAUCCCGAUGAUGAGCCUCUCGACAUGCUCAUUUCGAAAGUAGAAAAAGAUCUGAAAGUUCAAAGUGCUUUGCCGAUAGAAGAUGAUCUCCCUAAAGACGAAUCGCCCCUCCCUUCUCCAGAAAAAGUUCCCGAAAAAGCUGAAAGCAGUCUAACAGCAGCGUCGCUAGAAUCCGCCUCUCCACCGAAUACGCCUGAUAAGAAGAAAUCGUCUCAGUCCUCCCCCAAAAGCACCACCAAUCAAUCAAAUGACACACCACCCAUCGUCAUCGACGAUUCCGACGAGGAUGAUGGUGAGAACAACGACGAAUCACUCUCGGAAGACGCGAUGACGACCGUAACUGAAUUGACGAUGUCGUCGACGAUCUCGAGCGCGUCCGCCAAGCUCAAAAAGGGCAUUUCCAAAAGGCUCGGAAAAGCGAAAACUAAAACUUCGAAAGCGUUUUCUAAAGGGCUGAAGGGGCUCAAAAACUCCUCUGAAAAGCUGAAAUCAUCCCUGAAACGGGGUGAUAAGAAAAAAGCUGAUAAGGGUAACGAGGAGGAAAAAGAGGAGUUGGAAGAUAUCUCCGAUGAGAAAGAGACCAACUCUUCUCCAGAGGUGAUAGAAAAAACUAGCGGUGAUGAUAAUAAAAUAGAGGUGGAAGUAGUGGUAGAGGAAAAAGCUGAAGAAGCAGCGCCAGAAACAGAACCGGACUCGGGCGUGAUCAUCGAAAAGGAAUCGGCUGUUUUGGACACGGUUGUUGAAGAAACCGCGGUAGUUGUUGAAAAACAGGGUCAGCCAGUUUCUGAGACUAAGUCAGACGAGUCAAAAGACGAGCCUGAAAAGGAAGCCUCAACUAAGAUCGAGGCAGCCUCAGAUUCGAUUGAAAAAGCACCUGUAACGGAGGCUGAAACUGUUGAAGUGUCAGAUGAGCCGGAAAAAUCUGAACCAUCUGAGACUACAUCAGUUCCAUCUGAGCAAGUCUCUGUUGAGCCAGAUUCCGUCAAAGAUAGUGCUCCCGAAAUUGAGGCGCCAAAGGAGCCUGAAACGCCAGUUGAGUCAAGUUCUGUUUCUGAAUCUACUCCAGCCCCUGAAAUUUCAUCUGAACCGGUAUCAAAAGAACCCGAAAACUCGAAAGAGCCAGAAUCUGAGGAGAAAUCAGAACCAACCGUAGCACAAGCACUGGCUCAGGAUUUUUUGACUUCCGAGUCGGCUGAGCCAACUGAGCCAGUGGAACCAGCUGAGCCGGAAACUGAGCCUAGCUCGGCGACGGCAAAGCAAAAUAACACUCCGAAAAAAGGAGGAAAGAAAAAGAAUAAAAAGAGAAAAAAGUAA